AAGAAAAAAAAAUGCAUUCUCUUUGUUGUAACACCGACGUAGCUGAUCAGAACACGGCGGCAGCAAUGCCGGCGACUACAUCCUCUUCCUCUAAUAAUAUACCACUAGCCAAAUUCCUCGACAUGCAACCGCCGCGAUCACUUCCUUCUCAUACUUCCAAAUCACGUGCGGCCGUCAAUAACGGCGAAACCGAAUUCUCCGGCGAUCAACUCCGCCCGUCCAGCACGACGUCGUCGGAAUUUCAUUCGGCGAGGAUGAAUGAUAUUAAUUUAGGCAAUGGCAUUUCGGGAAUUUUAUAUAAAUGGGUGAAUUAUGGAAGAGGAUGGAGACCGCGGUGGUUCGUUUUACAUGACGGCGUCCUUUCGUAUUAUAAAAUUCAUGGACGGCAUAAGAUUGUGACGAAUUUGGAAACGGAGAAAGGAUCGAUGAUCGUUGGGCAAAAGUCGUUUCGGAGGAUUAAUACUUCGCCGAUGAGCAGCUCUUCGCGAUCUCACCGGCGAAAACCGUUUGGAGAAAUCCACCUCAAGGUCUCAUCAGUAAGGGAAAGUCGAUCAGAUGACCGGAGGUUUUCUAUAAAUACUGGCACAAAGAGGCUGCAUUUGAGGGCAGAAACAAGGGAGGAUCGACAUACUUGGUUGGAGGCAUUGAUUGCAGCAAAGAAGAUGUUUCCGACAAGCGAUCCUGUUCUCGAGACACAAAUGAAUGAGAAUGUGGUCGUAUCCACUGAAAAGUUGAGGCAGCGACUCUUGGAGGAUGGUGUAAGUGAGGCUGUGAUUCGGGACAGCGAGCAGAUUAUGAGGAAUGAAUUUGUAGCAUUGCAUAAUCAUCUAAUGCAGCUAAAGCGGAAGCAGAUGCGACUGCUUGACAAAUUGGGACAGUUGGAGACAGAAAAAGUCGACCUCGAGAACACUCUUAUUGAUGAGGGUCACAGACAAGCAAAAGAUCAUCAAACUUCUUCUGAAGUAUCCCUGGAUAAAUUCAGAGUAUUUCUAGGAGGAAGUGUAAGUGGAUCUGACAACGAAGAGGAGGAAAGUGAUGAUGAUGUAGACGCUGAUAACUUAUUUUUUGAUGCUAAAGAUUUUCUUUCUUCGAGUUCCACAAGAAGCACCGAUUCUGAUGAUGGAAGAUCAUCAUUUGAUUCUGCGGUCAUAGAGUUUCAUCCUUCUGAGGAUGGUCUUAGUUCUGGUACUAGAUUUGCCACAUCUGACUAUCCUUAUGUUAAGCGGAGAAAGAAAUUGCCAGAACCAUUUCAGAAGGAAAAGGGAGUAAGCCUUUGGUCAAUGAUCAAAGAUAACAUCGGCAAGGAUCUAACUAAAGUUUGUCUACCAGUGUUCUUCAAUGAGCCACUCUCUUCUUUGCAGAGAUGUUUUGAAGAUUUUGAAUACUCUUACCUUCUUGACCAAGCUUAUGAAUGGGGAAAAACGGUAAGCAUUUUGUGGGAUUUUUAUCUCUAU